AUGGAUGUACAUAAUGCUUUUCUGCAUGGGGACCUAUCAGAAGAAGUCUAUAUGAAGCUGCCACCUGGUUUUCAUAGUGAUAAACCAGGCCAAGGUAAGGUUCAGAUUAAUGUGCUCAUUUAUGUUGAUGACUUGAUUAUUUCUGGUAACGAUUCUGCUGCUCUUACUGCAUUUAAGAACUAUCUAAGUUCAUGCUUUCAUAUGAAAGAUCUUGGUGUUUCGAAGUAUUUUUUGGGUAUUGAGGUUGCCCGGAACUCGGAGAGUAUUUUUCUUUGUCAACGUAAAUACACACUUGAUAUUAUCUCGGAGAUUGGGUUGCUUGGAGCUAAGCCCGCCAAUGUUCCUAUGGAGCAAAAUCACAAAUUGAGUAGUUCUACGAGUCCUUUUUUUACUAAAGUGGAGCAAUAUCGUAGAUUGGUUGGUCGUCUUAUUUAUCUUGCUUUUACUCGCCCUAAUUUGGCAUAUGCUGUGCACAUUUUAUCCCAAUUUUUACAUGAACCACGUCAAGAUCAUUGGGAUGCAGCUUUGAGAGUGGUUCGAUAUUUGAAAAACAACUCAGUGCAGGGCAUUAUUUUGCGCGCCGUUAGCGAUUUGAACAUAUCAGGUUGGUGUGAUUCAGAUUGGGCUAGUUGUCCUCUUACUCGUCGUUCUGUUUCUGGUUAG